UUCUCUUACCUUAAUUCAACAGAGAUUGUUUACUGAUGAGAAAACAGAGUAAAACUCAAAGGUUUCUGCUCUACGACGAAAGAUAAAGGAUAAUUAACCACUUGAACCAAAUCCAGACUUGUCUUAUACAAGGAAGCUUUAUGAUAUGCACUUUGAGUUUGGCCGUAGAAUCUGAUCCUUUGGUUUGCCAUGAAAAUGAAAUUCAAAUCCUGACUGGAGUUUGACUACUUUCCUUUUUUUUUUUUUUUUUUUUUCUUGUUUAUAAUUACGAGAGCUUUAUUUUACUAGUAGUUGUUUUCAUUUCUAUAUUUUUUUGUCUGAAAAGACCUUUGGGAUGUAUUGAUGUUGACAAGUCCGUAUGCAUGUUAUGAAGAUUGAAGGAUUUUCCUUCAUUUUAAGUACUCGGGAACAUCGGGGUCUGGAGUUAGUUCAGUCCACGACUUUUCUUUGUGUCUUUUUCGGCUUUUAGUUUUCUUAUUGGCUGUCUAGAUAACUACGGAAAUGAAUAUAUACUUUUUUUUGUUUCCCCUUGGCACUUCAUUUUUCCCUAAACUUGUUUAUGAUUGAACGAGUUAGCAACUAAGUACAGUCAAACAUCUCUAUAAAAAAUAUCCUCUAAAACAAUAUUUCACUAUAACAAUCAUGUUUUUUGUGGAACCGAUCUUUCGCGUUAUGUUAUAUUAUUAUAUGUUAUCUACAACAACAUUUCACUAUAGCCGCCAAAACAUAUCAGAACAAAUGAUGCCUUUACAGAGAGGUUUGACUGUAUGUUGAAGAGUGUGCUUAGUUUUAUCCUUGUUGAAGAAGGGUUGACGUAAUGGAUAAGGUUUUGGGUCUGAAAGCAUGUGUUUUUAUGCAGCUCUAGAAAUGUUAUAGUGCUUGUUGGGGCAGAGCUGCACAGGUAUCUCUUAGGACACAAUUAUACGGACGUGCUUUUAAGUUUCCAUAUCUACUUGCGCAAUUCUUGAUAUUGAGAAGGUGUAAGCAGCUGACACGUGGAGUUUAGUUUUACAUUGGUUAAGCAAGCAGAUAUUGUUUUAGAUCAAACCUCGAAACCACAUUCACAAAGAAGAUAUGGCCACCUUUAGAUCGUUUUAUUCGUGCUUAUAACAGCACCACUUACUUGAAGCCGACGUUUCUCGGACUUCAGAAGUGUCGACGCGGGCACGUAGGGUUCUCCAAAAGUAGUGCAUUUUUGGAGAAUCCAGCACGGGUGAGGCAACAUUUUUGGAGAGUCCGAGCAACCUAACGUGCAGCUAACCCUAUAAGUAAUGAUUCUCAAAGUCCAUUCUUAUGAUGCUUGUGGAUUACGGUGGUUCUGUUUUCCCCAGCAUUGCUCACUCCCCGUGGAAUGGGGUCCGCUUGGCAGACUUUGUAAUGCCUUUCUUCCUCUUUGUUGUUGGAGUUUCCCUGGCAAUUGUAAAUAAGAUAGUCAUAGACAGAACUGGGGGAACCUUGAAAGUUGUGAUUAGGACAUUGAAACUUUUUAUCCUUGGCAUUUUCCUUCAAGGGGGUUACUUGCAUGGAAUCACUGGCUUAACCUAUGGUGUAGAUAUUGAAAGAAUACGAUGGAUGGGAAUUUUGCAGAGAAUAGCUGUUGGAUAUAUUGUAGCAGCUUUGUGCGAGAUCUGGCUUCCAUGUCAGGGGAUGAAAAGAAUCUCCCUUUUCAGAAAUUACAUUUGGCAAUGGUGUAUCAUGUUCCUAUUGUCUGCUAUACAUUGUGGGUUGUUGUAUGGUCUGUAUGUACCUGACUGGAAAUUCAGUGUGUCACAGUCAACAGGAACCACCAUUUAUGAGGUAAAAUGUUCUGUUAGAGGAGAUCUUGGACCUGCAUGUAAUUCUGCUGGAAUGGUUGAUCGCUAUAUUCUUGGAAUAAAUCACCUCUAUGCAAAACCUGUAUAUAGAAAUAUGAAGGAAUGCAAUGGAUCCAACAUGCCAUCUUGGUGUCAUGCCGCUUUUGAUCCUGAAGGCAUUUUAAGUUCGCUAACAGCUGCUGCCACAUCCAUCAUUGGACUGCAGUACGGUCACAUACUUGUCCAAUUUCAGGAUCAUAAAGAUCAGCUAUACAGUUGGUCCGUCCUCUCGUUUUCACUUCUUGUGGUUGGUUUGCUCCUUGACUUCAUAGGUGUUCCAUUAAACAAAUCGCUGUACACGAUAAGUUAUAUGCUGGUAACCUCAGCUGCUGCUGGAAUCACAUUCUGUUUGCUAUAUUUAUUGGUGGAUAUUUAUGGUUGGAGGCGUUUGAUGUUCGUUUUAGAGUGGAUGGGAAAGCAUUCUCUUAGUAUCUUUAUUCUCAUAACAUCAAAUAUAACUGUAAUUCUAAUUCAAGGAUUUUAUUGGAGAGAUCCUCAUAAUAACAUUGUUCGUUGGGUUGUGACACAAUUCGUACACAAAUGAUACCCCAGCUCCAUGAGUUCCUCACACAAGUUCCUUCUCUGAACUGUCAACAAGUGCAAGAUGCAGAACUUGUAUCGGUAUUAAUGUAGAGAUCAGGUAUCUGUAUUAUUGCUUGUACUAGUGACCCAUUUGUCAAUGCUUGUAGUCUUGGUUAUUCAGGUGCUUCAACCUGGCUUUUAUUUUUUAGUACUUAAAAAGGAUGUUGAUUGAAAAUAACCUAUCAUACCCUGCUGCUCUGUGCCGUGGAGAUGAAGCAGUGCCACAGAAAGAGUGUCUAUAAAUGUACACAGUGACAGAAAUAUUUUCUCCUCUAAGUAUCAAUGAUGACAUGCUUGUCUAUUGUAUAAACAAGGGAAAUCCUAUAUUGCUGCCUAACUAGUAACUAAUUCAGUAGCUCAAAUGUUUCAAUCUAUAAUUGAUUCUUACUAAAUAACAUCUGUGAGCAUUUAGCUACUUUAAUGCACCACUGUUUUGUAAUUUGUGGUCUCUAUUCUCUUUCCAAUUUUGCAUUUGUAAUGCUUGUUAUACCUACUUAUUCUUUAAAUAAAAUUGAUAAGCUCUUUCUGAA